AUGUCGUUUACAAUUAAUCUGGAAAUCUGUCAGUUCGGGGGCAAGUUAUAUAAGUUAUCCCAUGAUUCAAAGGUAACAAAUACUAAGAUGGAUGUUAAUGUGUUCUUACCUCACUCAGCAUUGAGUGGUAAUUCAAAGACUCCAGUCUUGAUUUACUUAUCUGGAUUAACUUGCACCCCAAACAAUGCCACUGAGAAGUCAUUCUUCCAAUAUUUUGCAAACAAAUACAAGUUUGCUAUUGUUUUUCCUGAUACAUCACCUCGGGGUGCUAACAUAGCAGGAGAAGACGAUUCGUGGGAUUUCGGUACUGGCGCUGGAUUUUACGUAGAUGCAACUGAGAAACCUUGGAGUGAAAACUAUAAUAUGUAUUCAUAUGUUCACAAAGAAUUAUUAACUGAAUUAUCCAAAGAGUAUCCUCAGUUAGACUUUGAAGAUAAAAUCUCAAUUACUGGUCAUUCUAUGGGCGGAUUGGGAGCAUUAUCAGGGUUUCUCAAGAAUCCUGGCAAGUACAGAUCAGUAUCAGCUUUCGCUCCAGUCGCCAACCCAUCUACCUGUCCGUGGGGAGAGAAAAAUUUUGGGAACUAUUUAGGGAAGGAUAAAGAAGAAUGGUAUAAGUACGAUCCUACCGUCUUGAUUAAAAAUUAUAAGCAUGAAAAUCAACCCGAUAUUUUAAUUCAUCAAGGUUCUAAGGAUCCCUUUUACUUCAGGGAUAAACAACUUCAACCAGAAAACUUUGUUAAAGCUGCAAACGAAGCAGGAUAUAAAGGUAAAGUUGACCUCAACGUUGAAGAAGGUUAUGAUCAUCUGUACUUUUUUAUUAGCACAUUUGUUGAGAAUCAUGCUAAACACCAUGCAAAAUAUCUCGGCCUACUGGAAUGA